AGCGUACACCAUCCCCGGAUAAGACAGGCAGGAUUUCACACCCUCAGUACGUGCCGCAAGGCUUUGGAGCACGUCGACGGGGACGCGAACCACCAGCCAACUGGAUCUUCCGGACGACCUCUCACUGCAGGCGGAGCGGAGCGUGGGCAUCUGGAGAGGACAGUCGAGCCAAGAUGGGUACAACAAACGAAGAGGAGUCGUCAAUUUCUUGUAUGAUCGCAAAAGGUGCGGUGCCAACCACCACGCAGGCAUGCAGCCUUGGGAGCCGUGGGCACCCACUGGAGUCUCGCAGCCAUCGACGGAACUCUGAGCAGGUUACCAUUGUAACUGUUCUUAGCACCCCAUCAAAAUCGAGGAUUAGCGAUACACCGUAGUUGAUCGGUGCGUCAAUACCUCCUCCCUCGGGCUAUGGGUUCGCGC